UUAAUCUUAUAUUGCAUCAUCCUUGAAGGUCGUAAAAGGAGAACUAACAAGGAGUGUUGCGAAGAAACAGACGUGGUAAUCACUGCAAACUAACUAACAAAGCACAAAUUAUGGCGGAUGAAAGUACAGUUGAUGAAAAGGCCCAUUUAAAAGCUGAAGUAGAUGAAUCAGAUGAUCCAAAAUUCAACGAUUCUAAAGCUAAAUUUUUAACAAAUGGAGGAGACGUAAAGGUGGAAGUUGAGACCUCGAGCUCUGGUGGGGCAUCGUUCACUGGAUUGGGAAAAGAAGAGCUUCUUCAGUACGCCAACGACCCAUUUUGGAAGAAAGUACGGGUGAUCUUGUUCAUCCUUUUCUGGGUUGGAUGGAUUGCUAUGCUGGCAGCUGCUAUUGUCAUCAUUGUUCUAGCUCCACGUUGUCCAUACAGACCAGAUCUCAAGUGGUAUGACAAACAAGCUUCUUACCAAGUUUACCCAAAAUCAUUCAAAGACACCAAUAAGCCAGGAAAAGCUGAACCGGGAGAAGGAGUAGGAGAUUUACAAGGAAUAAUCUCAGAACUGGGAGAUGGACAUUUCAAAGAUCUUGGAGUGGAAACAUUGUACAUCAACUCUUUUUAUAAGAGUGGAGGUGUUGACAAUGGUAUGGAUGUUGUGGAUUACAAAGAUGUUGAACCAAGUCUUGGAACCCUAGCAGACAUCAGAAAACUGAGAAAAGAGACUAAAGACAAAAUGAGACUUGUUAUUGAUUUCAUUCCAAAUCACACCAGUAGAAAUCACACCUGGUUUGUGUCUAGUCAGAACAAACAAGAUCCCUAUACAGACUAUUAUGUUUGGAGACCAUGUACAAAGGGUGGACAAAAGCCAAACAAUUGGUUGAGUGUUUAUGGGGGAAGUGCAUGGGAGUAUGAUGACCUUCGUGGUGAGUGUUAUCUCCAUACAUUCCUCAAAGAACAACCCGAUCUCAACUUAAUGAACGAAGAUGUUAGAAAAGAAAUGAAGGAUGUGUUGAAUUUCUGGUUGAAAGAAGGAAUUGAUGGUUUCCAUGUAAGAAAUGCAGAAUAUCUUGUAGAGAACAUUACACUUGGUGAUGAAUCAGCCAGUAGAAGUGGAUCUGUUAUGAGUUAUGAAAGUCUGAUACAUGACCAUACAACACACCAGCCUGAAUCAUUUGACUUACUACAGGAAUGGAGAGCUGUAUUGGAAGCUGCUGCUAAUAAACCAGGAAGGGAAAAGGCAUUGAUUGUAACUGUUAAUGCAGAUAUGAACACAACUAUGAAAUACUAUGAAACAAAUGGCAAGAAUGGUGCUACCUAUGUCAGAAUGUCGCCAAUCACAAAUUACAAUAAGAAUGGACUUGCAACUCAUCUCAAAGACAGGAUACAAGAAGUUGCUGUUGACGACGCUCACAGGAAGAUCUGGAUGUUGGACAAUGAAAACCAUGGUAGAAUUGCCAGUCUGAUUGGUGAUGAGUAUAUGAAAGCUAUGUUAGCAGUACAGAUUUUACUUCCUGGUGUCUCAUCAUCUUACUAUGGUGAUGAAAUUGCUAUGAAGAAUGGAGUUCCAGCAGCAGCAAGCAAGGAUCCAGUUUCUAAAUUACCUGGACAGACAAACAGAGAUCAAUUCCGUACGCCAAUGCAGUGGAGUAGUGAACAACCAAAUGCUGGUUUCACUGAUCCAACAUUCAUGCCAUGGAUUCCUUUGGGAGCAAACUACAAAACCAACAAUGUACAGCAUGCCAAAGCAUACCACAGUGAAUAUAGUAUAAUGAACACUUUCAAACAAUUAGUUGUACUGGCCAGUAAUGAAUCUAUACAGUUUGGCAAGACUGUUGUAUCUAUCUUGAAGGACAACAAUGACAUUUUAUGGAUGACUAGAAAAGCUGAAGGAUUCUCUGGGUACCUAGUAAUCAUAAACCUUGGAGAUUCACACUUUGCUAGUAACUUCAAAGAGGCUAAAAUUCCUAAAACACUGAUGCAUGUCUUCCAUUCAGAUGGCACGCUUAUAGAAGGAACUAUGGACCUCAGCAAGAGGGCAGUCAGUAUUGCCCCAAAACAUGUUCAUGUCUACAAAUUUGACUAGAAACUCUUUUAACAGCAUUUUUUUCUUCAAAUUUGAUUUUUUCAAAAAUUUCUGAAGUAAUUUUUUUUUUUAAAGAGAUAUUUAAACAUGUAAAUCUUUUUUAGGAAUUUUUUUGGACUUUGUCCUUGUGAAAAUCUAACAAUUGUUAUACCAUAAAAAUAAUGGUCAUGUAUGAUGGCUUUGUGCUUGAUGAUGUGGUCUAAUAAUAUAUAACAAAACUUA